AUGCAUGAUGAAGAAACUCCAUCACUUACAAAUGCAUCACAAGAAAUUAAUCAAUUUGAUAUAUUAAAUAUUAAUCUUCAGGCUUCAUCAGAGGAACUAUUAAAUACUGAAACAGAUGAUAAAAGUUUUAUUUUUGAUCAGAAUAGAUCAUUGUCGCUAAACAGCAAUGACGAAUUAGCUUUUCAAGUAGAAUCUGUUUCACAAGAUUUUAAUGCUAAAAUCUAUGGAGGCAUUACAGAUUGUCCUACUCUCAAAGUCAUGGCUGAUAUGAUUGGUCAUAAUGGCUAUUACCCAUGUUUUUAUUGUUAUAUGAAACGUGAGCAUGUUCGUCUAGCAGCAAAACGACAAUAUCAAUAUGAACUACUUGUUAAUCAUCUGACAGUUAAAUCUUUAAAUACUAACUCAAGAAAAGCUCAAUUGAAUAAGAAAAAUGUUUUUGGACAUCUGGGAACUUCAAUAUUAGAUGAAGUAGUUGAUGUUCCUCUACCACAUUCAUAA